AUGUUCAGAUUAGCCAUACGUGCUCCUUUGCGGCUCCGUCCCGCAGUGCCGAAAUCUCCUACGCUACACUUCACAUCUUCGCCUCUUCGCCACAUCCACCACAUCUCCCACGAGCAGCCAUUCCAGACUAAGAGACUCCCGUUCAAAACGGUGGUGGUGUUGAUCGCAGCAUCGUCUACAGCAGCCAUGGCACUCUACGUGGGAAUCGAGAUGUGGCAGUUCCACCGCACCAACGACUCUGCCAGGACCAUUUUCUUACCGUUGUGGAUGAACAGCAACUUGCUAGGCCACAAGACGUUCAGGUUCCCAGAAGGGCUCCAGUACUUGGACGAGGGCUUCAGGGUGUACAUUGAAGAGGAAAUGGGUCAAUUGAACCGUUCCAGCCAUGGUGACCUAGAAAACUACCACCACAUUCUCCAACACGAGAACAUCACCUACGCGGUUCUUGAGCAGUUGACUGCCAACAUGCCCAUCCGCAAGAUCUUUGGGCUCCCUAUGGUGGUGGACCAGCCUUCAGAGUUCAGCAUGUGGGUUGAGGCUACCAAUCCCAGCUUUUCUGGCGUCCAGAUCGCUUUGCUGAGAAAACACUCCGAUAGCGGGUGGAAAAAUACGACUAUUGAGCCCUCAUGGAAGGUUAGACCUUUCAACGUUGCUAGCAUGUUAAAUGAUGCCCUCAUUGAUGCUGGACUCAAGUUGGAUCGCCUCGAUCCACCUGAUCUUGUGGGGAAUGAUAUCCACAAGGUGCUCAGCCGAUUCCAGCACAACGACUACGACGUGAUGUUUUCCGGCCAGUUGGUGGUCAUGGAUAAGCAUCACCGCAAGAAGGGCAUCGUGAAGUACCGUGCCAAGCUCGACUUCGACCACUUGGUGGUGAACCGAGGGGUCAAAAUGGUGCAAAUGGAGUUGGUCCACGAAAAUGUGACUUACAAGGUAAUGUAG